GUUUCCUACCAGCGAAUUAGACUUUAGUAUUUGUUUUUGCAUAAAGUAUGGCCGGACUAUUACAGCUAAGAAAAUUGUACAGUAAAAAGAAGACACUUUCCUACACUUUCCACAUUAAAUGCCACAAUCCACUUGGCAUACAAGGCCAAUCGCGUGUGCUAUAUGCCACGAUCGCCAGCACCGAUGAUGGCAAGCGCAAAAGGAUAACGCCGUUUACGCCCACACCGGGCAGCAAACUGCUUGGUGGCGUGUUUGCCAAGAAGGCAAAAGGCAGCGGCGGCAACGAUGGUGGCUCAACACUGGGCAAACUGGACGCACCGGAAGUCACCUCCAAGGAUAUGGUGCGCGCCAUGAUGGCAUACAUUUGGCCCAAAGAGGAUGCGCUCGUGCGCAAACGCGUGGCCAUCUCGCUGGGUCUGCUCGCUGGCUCCAAGCUGCUGACAGUGUGUGUGCCAUUUCUAUUCAAAGGCGCUGUGGACACGAUGACGACACUGAACAUGGAUACAGCGCCGGAUGUUGUGCUAUCCACAGCAACGGCAAUGCUAUUGGGAUAUGGCAUUGCUCGAGCAAGUGCCGCCGGUUUCAAUGAGCUGCGCAAUGCAGUGUUCGCCAAGGUGGCUCAUCAUUCCAUACGCAAGAUUGCGACCAAUGUGUUUCUGCAUCUGCACAAUCUGGACUUGGCGUUCCAUCUGAACAAGCAGACGGGCGCCUUGUCCAAGACAAUUGAUCGGGGAUCGCGUGGCAUUAACUUUGUGCUCACUGCCAUGGUGUUCAAUAUAGUGCCGACGAUUUUUGAGCUGGCGCUGGUCUCCAGCGUUUUGGGCUUGAAAUACGGACUGGCGUUCGCCGGCGUCAGUAUGGGCUGUGUGGGCGUGUAUGCCUUGUAUACACUAAGUGUGACACAGUGGCGAACACGCUUCCGGGUGUACAUGAAUCAGGCGGAGAACGAGGCGGGCAACAAAGCCGUCGACUCGCUGAUCAACUACGAGACGGUGAAGUAUUUCAAUAACGAAAAAUAUGAAGCUGGCUGCUACAACGAGGUGCUGAAAAAGUACGAGGCGGCCAGCUUAAAGACCAGCUCCAGUCUGGCGAUGCUUAAUUUCGGACAGAACGCGAUAUUCAGUAGUGCUCUGAGUUUGAUUAUGGUGUUGGCGGCCAAGGAGAUAUCGCAGGGCAACAUGACUGUCGGUGAUCUGGUGAUGGUAAAUGGAUUGCUAUUCCAACUGUCCAUACCACUGGGCUUCCUCGGCAGCGUGUAUCGUGAGGUUCGGCAGGCCCUGCUAGAUAUGCAGGCGAUGUUUACGCUCAUGAAUGUGGAUAGCCGCAUUCAAACGGCGCCCAAUGCGCAACCCAUCUUCGUGGACAAUAGCAACUCAUCGAUUGAGUUUCAAAAUGUGAAUUUCGAGUAUGAGCCGGGCAAGGCCAUUUUCAAGGACCUCUCAUUCACCAUACCGGCUGGCAAGAAUGUGGCCAUUGUGGGUGGUUCCGGAUCGGGCAAGUCAUCUAUGGUGCGUUUGCUGUUUCGUUUCUUCGAGCCGAAUUCUGGUCGUAUUCUGAUCGGUGGCCAGGACAUUAGCGGCGUUGAGCUGGACAGUCUGCGCAAAAGCAUUGCUGUGGUGCCACAGGACUCGGUGCUGUUCCACAACACCAUCGAGCAUAAUAUACACUAUGGCAACCUGAGCAAAUCGCACGAGGAUGUCGAAAAUGCGGCACGCAUGGCCGAUCUCCAUGAAUCGAUAAUGAGCUGGCCCAAUCAAUACAGAACGCAGGUAGGUGAACGUGGCCUAAAGCUAUCCGGCGGAGAGAAGCAGCGUGUGGCUAUUGCACGUGCAAUUCUGAAGAACACGCCCAUUCUAAUCUUUGAUGAGGCCACCAGCAGUCUGGAUUCCAUCACAGAGCAUAAUAUUUUAAAGGCUCUUUCGCGCGCCACUAUGGGCCGCACCAGUAUUUGCAUUGCCCACCGCCUGUCCACAGUGAAGGAUGCGGAUGAGAUUAUAGUACUGGAGAAUGGACAUGUUGGAGAGCGUGGCACACAUUUGCAACUGCUGCAACAAAAGGGACUAUAUGCCCGCUUGUGGGAGACGCAGACCCACCAAAUUGGUCCCAGUCAUCAGCAUGCAGAGUCAACUGCUCUGUAGUCAAGCGUUGGGCCACGUUGGUCAAGUGCUCUUCUAGUUUUAAUAAUGCGCUUACUAUUUGACAAAGCCAACAGAAUUUUUAGUUGAGGCUCCAUCGCGGAGCUUGUGUAAUUAUUUAGGCUGAAGAUAAUAUUGUGUCCGGUUGUAAAUACAGUUAUUCAUAUAUGUGUAUAGUUGAUAA